AUGAAAGGUGUCCUGAGGUUUAGAAGGAAGGGGAAGCUAAGUCCAAGUUUUGUAGGGCCAUUUGAGAUUUUGGAGCGAAUUGGCCUUGUGGCUUAUUGGUUUCCUUUGCCACUAUCCGUCUCUGCAGUUCACAAUAUUUUUCAUGUCUCUAUGCCGAGGAAGUAUGUGACAGAUUCAUCUCAUGUGGUAGAUUUCGACCCUUUGCAUCUAAAUGAAAACCUAAGUUAUAGAAAGAAGCCUAUCCAAAUUCUAGCUCGAGAAGUGAAGAUUCUGCAUAAUCGUGAGGUAGCAUUGGUAAAAGUUUUAUGGCCUGAGGAAGCAACUUGGGAGCGGGAGGACGAUAUGAGAACACAGUACCUAGAGCUGAUUAGUUCGGUUUUAAUUUAG